GCUGCCGACUCCGACAGCCGAACGCCGAGGAACUUAUCGUCGUCGGAACAGUGGGGCUUAGCGCGCGCCCGACCGCCGAUCGGGAACGAAACUGUACUGCAGUCGAGACACGCGGCGUCAGCGAGCGACCGCCUGUGUCGAUACCGAGCGCGAUCCUUACGUAACAGAUUACCGAUCCCGAGAUCCUGUCAUCGAUUAGUGAACAUUAUUACUGAUUAGCGAUCCUUGCAUUGUGAGUACUUCCUGCCCUGUGCACGUGACUGUGAGUGAAGUGUUGUUUAGUGUUUAGAUAGCUGUCGCAAAACAAUAAGACAAUACGAUAGACGGCACGCGACUACAGACCGUUGAAACACGACUGGCAAUCGAGGCAGUUCAAAGAAAAUAAUGUCGAGUUCCAAGUUUGAAUUUGGAGGGUAUUUCGUGCAAGGGUGACGCGAGCUACGGUGCUCGAGUGGUCAGUAUGCGCCCGGAGUGAGCGCCGAACGGACGUGCGCACUCCGGAUGCACCCCACCGGCGCGGCCAGUCUGACCGCCGCACCAGAGGCGGAGGUGCAAGCUAUGCACUCGAUGGACUGGCUCUUCAAGAAAGAAAGAAUUUAUCUACUGGCGCAGUUCUGGCAACAGAGAGCUACCCUGGCGGAGAAGGAAGUCACAACCCUGAAAGAGCAGCUAGCCACUACCAGCCCGACGCCACUCCAAGCCACAGUACCACCCAAGACGAAUGGCUCCCACAUAGAAUCGCUCCGAGAGAAAGUCACAGAUACGAGAAUAUCCGAACGGUAUAGUCCUGACAUCAAGGAGGAGAAGAGGAGGACCCCGGACAUUGAUGAGGAUAUCGAGCAGAAGAUAGAGAUGGCAGCCACGGCGAGAAGCAACAGCAACUCGUCCAGGAGUAGUCCGGUCGUCCACCAGGGCAGCAACCUGGAGAGCGAACUCGCUGCUAAGGAAAAAGAGAUCGCUCAACUGGUCGAAGAUGUGGCCCGACUGCAAGCGUCACUGACGGCGCUUCAAGAGGCGCAUGCGCAGCAGUUACAACGGCUAGAGGAGCGCCUCGACGAGAAGAAGCAGCACAUUGCCAGACUUGAGGCGCGGCUCGACACGCAGCGAGACUACGAUGACAUCAAGAGAGAGAUCAGUUUGCUUCGAUUCUCAGACGGAAAUCCUCACGACCGGCCCCACCAUAUACCACACGCUAAAGAUAUUUUCGGAAAUCAGAAUCAUUUAUUUCGCUCGAUGGAGCUAGGAGCAAGCGAGCGCGACCGGAAACCGGAAGUAAUGCGCUCCCCCGCGCCGCCCUCGCGCUGUGACGAGCGCAGUUCAGCGGAGCGGGAGCGGAGCACGGAGCGGAGAGACACAGGUGCGGACGAGUGGUCGAGCACGCCGCCUCUCAACAACAACACGACGCACCACAACAACAACGGGCCGGCGCCGCAGCCGCCGCCGCCCCCAAGCCCUUUCCGCUUCGAGGAGCACCGGCCCUACCGCUUCGCCGAGGACAUGGGGCCGCUGCCACCCGGCGCGCUCGUCGGCCGCCUGGGAGACUCGCUCAUCCCCAAGGGGGACCCCAUGGAGGCGCGGCUGCAGGAGAUGCUCCGUUACAAUAUGGACAAAUACGCCAACUCCAACCUGGACACGCUACACAUCAGCCGGCGGGUGCGCGAGCUACUGUCCGUCCACAACAUUGGCCAGAGACUGUUCGCCAAAUACGUGCUGGGCCUGUCGCAGGGGACCGUUUCCGAGCUGCUGUCCAAGCCUAAGCCGUGGGACAAGCUGACAGAGAAGGGCCGCGACUCGUACCGGAAGAUGCACGCGUGGGCUUGUGACGAGGCCGCCAUCAUGCUGCUCAAAUCCCUCAUUCCAAAGAAAGUUGGAACGAAGGAUGGCAAUGCGGGGCCAGGUUUCGCCAAGCCUGAGUCGGAAGGUGACGACCGGCUGGUUCAUAUGCUGUCUGAAUCAUCACACUUAAUGAAGGGACACUCCAAUAAUGAUGAUUCCAGAAGCAACGAUGACUCCUGUUCUCCAAGGACGCAAUGUCCUUCCCCUUUCUCUAAUAAGGAUUCAAGUCAGAAUCGAAGGUUAAGGAAAUACGAAAACGAUGACAUUCCGCAAGAGAAAGUGGUCAGGAUCUACCAAGAGGAGCUGGCCAAGAUCAUGACCAGGAGAGUGGAGGACAUGCGACACAGCAGCCGAGAUGCCUACCCUGGAAUGUUUCCUCCAUUUUUCAGCGGCGGUAUGCCUCCACACAUCGAAAGGCCUCCCGAAGAUAUUCGCAUGGCUUUGGAAGCGUAUCACCGAGAGCUUGCUAAGAUACAACCAGGUGGCAAUAUCCCCAACCUCCACAACUUGCCGGGAAUGCCUCCAUUUCCCAACCUCAUGGCUUUGCAGCAGCAAGCCAUGCAAGCUCAAAAUCAACACAUGAAUGGUUCGGGGGCGGUCCAAGAUCUCUCGCUACCAAAGGAAAAAAUCGCCAAAAUGAACGGUAUGACUGAUAGUGAUAAGGAACGAUCGAUGGACGCCGAAGAGGCAAUAAGGCACGCAGGGAGCGCCUUUUCUUUAGUAAGACCGAAGCUGGAACCUGGCCAGCAGUCGACGGGAUCGUCUGCCUCCAGCCCGCUCGGUAACGCGAUAUUACCCCCGGCGAUAACGCCCAAUGAAGACUUUAAUAGCUCAGCAGCGGCCAGUCCACUACAGCGGAUGGCCUCUAUAACUAACAGUCUGAUCUCUCAACCUCCCAACCCUCCUCAUCAUACGCCCCCGCAGCGAUCUAUGAAAGCUGUUCUUCCCCCCAUCACACAGCAACAGUUUGAUCUCUUUAACAACCUGAACACAGAAGAAAUAGUGAAACGAGUGAAGGAAGCGCUUAGUCAAUAUUCUAUUAGUCAAAGACUAUUCGGAGAAUCUGUUCUCGGGUUGUCUCAAGGGUCGGUCAGUGAUCUGCUGGCGAGGCCGAAGCCUUGGCAUAUGCUGACACAGAAAGGCAGAGAGCCGUUCAUCCGAAUGAAGAUGUUCCUGGAGGAUGACAACGCCGUUCACAAGCUGGUCGCGUCACAGUACAAGAUCGCACCAGAGAAACUGAUGAGGACGGGCAACUACAGCGGAGCUCCGACUUGUCCGCCAAACAUGAACAAGCCGAUGCCCCCCACACAAAAGAUGAUCUCGGACGCGACGUCGCUGCUCAGUAAGAUGCAGCAGGAACAGCUGCUGCCGCACCUCGCGCACCUUCCGCCGACGCCGCUGCUGCUCACGCCGCCCCCCUUCCCGCCGCACGCCCCCCACGCGCCGCCGCCUCACCACGACAAGGACCGGAAGCCUGGCCACCCCCACGGUCCCCAUCCGCACGCGCCGCCUGUGCUGCGCGCGCUGCACCAGCACAUGUCGCCCAGCGUCUACGAGAUGGCGGCGCUCACGCAGGAUCUCGACACGCAGACUAUCACUACCAAGAUCAAGGAGGCCCUUCUCGCCAACAACAUCGGCCAGAAGAUUUUUGGCGAGGCGGUACUCGGCCUCUCCCAAGGCUCGGUCAGUGAGCUGCUUUCGAAACCUAAACCUUGGCACAUGCUGAGCAUCAAGGGACGGGAACCGUUCAUCCGCAUGCAGCUGUGGCUCAGUGACGCGCACAAUGUGGACCGACUACAGGCGCUCAAGAACGAGCGGCGCGAAGCCAACAAGAGACGGCGGUCCAGCGGGCCGGGCCAGGACAACUCCUCCGACACCUCCUCUACUGACACCUCUGAGUUUUACCACUGCGGGUCGCCGCCCGCUACUGGCGCUCCCUCUGCCAAGAAGCAGCGGGUUCUGUUCUCUGAAGAGCAGAAAGAAGCGCUGAGACUUGCUUUCGCACUCGACCCUUACCCCAAUAUGCCCACUAUUGAAUUCUUGGCCUCCGAAUUGGGGCUAUCAACACGGACGAUUACGAACUGGUUCCACAACCAUCGUAUGCGAUUGAAGCAGCAAACACCCCACGGGACGGGGGAGGCGCCCCCGCGGGAGCAGUCUGCGCAGUUUGACCCGGUGCAGUUUCGGUUGCUGCUGAAUCAGCGGCUGCUGGAGCUGCAGAAGGAACGUAUGGGGUUGGCGGGAGUGCCGCUUCCUUACCCGCCAUACUUCGCAAAUUCAAAUUUCGCGGCGCUUAUCGGGCGGGGCUUGUUGCCCCCGGAAGAGCGCAAGGACGGUGCUGGUCUGGAUCUGUCCAUGCCGCUGAAGCGAGAGCUGGACGUGGACGAGUUCGAGGAUGAGGAUGCGGACGGCGAGGCGGACGCGGACAGCAACCUGGGAUCGGAAGACUCGCUGGACGAGGACAACAAAAGUGAGCCCAAGACGACAUCGACACCCGCGCGCUCCAGCCGGCGCAAGCCUGCCGCGCCGCAGUGGGUAAACCCGGAGUGGCAGGACGAGCGGCGCCCAGACGACGUCAUCAUCAACGGCGUCUGCGUGAUGCGCGGCGAGUGCCGGCGCGAAGCCGACGACACGGUGCGCGUGGAGCCCUGCCCCGCGCCACCAGUACCCGCGCCCGCACCGCCGCCCGACGUGCUACCCGACGAGAAGAUCAAAACGGAGACUGACGACCGGUGGGAGUAUUGAACUCUGAGAGUGAGAGAGACCGUCCAGUGUGGCAACUGUGAACCGUGAGGUACUGCGACUUGUGAUCUGUGUCCGUGGCUAGUGACGAUAAGUGUCGGAGCCGGGCAGUGUCGGUGCCGGGCCGUGCUCGCACCGAGUGUAGCUAGACGACUUUGUUAUGUAUACUGUAAGGCCAAAGACUCUGUAAAUAGUUAAUAUGGGUUCGGACAACCUGUACUUGCGAUACAAAAAUGCAUUUUGCUUUAAUUAUAUAUUAUGAUAUAUACUCGUGAAGCGUUGGUAUAGACGCUCGCGCGAGAUUGAUUCGAAUUUUUGUAAAUAGACAUACCAAAAAUGUGAAAGCGUCCCUAGCCGGGUCGCAUGUGUAUAUAUGUAUGUAAACUAAAUAAUGUUGUAAUUAAAUCGUUGUCGAUCUAAUGAUAUAUAAUAUAAUUUUAUUGUUAAAUACGAAGUGCAAUCAGAUGUAAAGUUAAGUAUCGAUUAGGUCAUAGGUGACUCCCAGUUGAAGUAUUAUUAUGUUUAUAGACCGGCGAGGUUUUAGAUAUAUUGGGUAUUCGAGUUAUAUAAUAAAUUAUCUAUGUUUAUUUUAUACUAUUUUGACUUCUAUUUCUACAUUUAUACUCCGCGGCACGUGCCGGACGCUUGCCGUCCGCUGUCUGUCCGGUCCCCAUCCUGUCAGGACCCGUGUACCAUCGAUGUCCAUUACGGUCCGCGACUCAUCAACGUACAAAUUUUUAAACAAUACAGUUGGAUAUGUAUUGAUUAUGGUUAUAGUUAUAUUUUUUAUUUUGCAAUAAAUUUGCUUUAUCUUAUUUAA